GACGGCUGUGCUGCGGUAGCUGGCUAAAUAUGUCAAGAUUUUUUGGCCAGUCCACAAGCUGGUCCGUCCCUGGAAACCCCGAUGCAAGACCUCUGCUGACCGCGCAAUCGAUGCGCAUCCACUCGAACACAUCUUCGCUUUGGUGGGUGGAAGAUGGAUUGAGCGGGGAAGCUGCAAAGAAUAGCCAACAGAUUGGACAGACACACAACAGGCUCACACAACACAAAACAAGCAAAAACGGAGGCUUGUAAAGGCUACAUCAACCAACUCACUCUCUGACGACAGGCAACUCUACCCUCCUCCUGCCCUGACUGUUGGACGAUCAAGCGAAAGACAUCAGUAGGAGAUUGCCUGUUCGGAGCUUUACCCAUCACUUCUCGCUAGCUUUCCCACGCCACAGACGACGGGUUACCACACCACCUUUCUUUCGAUAUCCACAACAGAAAUCGAAUACUUUUUUGUUGACCCAAGCCAAAAAAAUGAGUGCUGCACCGGGAGUAGUCGACCAGGAGAGAUUGGUCUGCCGACUGUGCCAACAUCGAGGCAGUGAUGUUCAGUUCAAAGGAUGCGGAUGCACUCUCCAUGCGAGAUGUGUUCCUCUUUGCUUGAUCAUCGGAGAAGGAAACCCUCUGCAGCCCUUGCAGGAAGGAGUCCCGCCUCCCAUGCAAUCCACCAACAUCCCUUGUCCCGUCUGCAAGUCAGGGAUUGUUGGUGGGAUGUACCUGUUCCCUCUCUCGCUGAACGUGCUGGACCGUGCCGUGGAACUCAGAAAGAAGGUUGCCAGAGCUGCUGCGAGAGCCAGCAGUUCGAACAGCACCAAUGCCAAUGGAAAGAGACAACGGGAGCUGGACAGUGGCUUUCAUGAAGUCCAGGCAGAGUCUUCGUACUUGCUGCUGUCUCAUACGAGGUCGUCUCUGACCAGCACCAUGUCGAUGGAGACUGAUCUGCAUCGCACGGGACGUUGGACGGCAGAGGAGAUUGGAUACGUCGACCUUUUGCUCAACACCUUUGACCGUGGAAUGCUGAACCUGCCUCAUGGAAUCAAACUCAACGAGUUCCUAGGAGAAGUGCUCUUGUGCAAGUCCAGCCGUCUGACCAAGAAGAUGAAGAACGCGCGCUUGAGCACUCGCUCGUACGCGCUACGACCUCCCAUGCCAGGCGCAGAGUUGCUCGACACCGUUGUCAUGUCGAGACUUCAGGACAAGUUCGUCCAGUCCUUGUCCAACGAAUCCACCCAAUUGGAAGUCCUCUUCAACCUUACGAAGCUCUGGAGGACCCACUUUUCCAACUUGUGCCUUCAGGUUGGUUACCAAUUGCUUGAUGCGUCAGACUGGGUCAGCAGUUUGGAAGACAUGGAGCGCCGUGCCUCACAAGCCGAGGAGAUGAUUCGAAAGGCUCGCCGCAAGCGCAUGGGAUUGGCUCUGAAGACUGAUGUCAGGACACCCAAUCCCGGUGUGUUCUUUGCCAACAGACCGGUCCAAGGGCGAGAAAACACGAUCAUCCCUCCAAGAGCUCCUCAAAGCAUCCCCAACACGAUCUCGGCGGCAACAGUCAUCCCACCUGCUACAAUCAGCAAAGAUAUGUUUGAAAACGAAAAGCAUUCGGUUUCCAGUGAGGAGGCCAGCGACGCUGACUUUAUUGCCCAUAUGUUGGAGCUCUCCUCGCAGCCAGGACCUGAUGGCAAGCGCAACCGUCUCUUGAGCAUGGACUUGGAGCAGGGAAACCUCGACGAUUUGUUUGAGCCCUCUUCUACCUCAUCGGAUCCUCAAUCAUCGAAAGAGUGCAAGGCGUUUGAACACGGCCCGUUCUUGCAAGAACUAGUUACGUUCCUGGAAAAGAACCAUCUUCCCUUUGGUCAUGUGGAUGUGUGGGUGCCUUCGUUCCUGUCGGAGAAGAAGGAAGGGAACCAAGAUACCAGCGAAGCAAAAACCGAGGAAGAUCAACUUCGCCUGUAUCACGCAGGCUAUGCGACCCGCCAUGAUGUGGCCCCGAUAAUCGCAGCCCAAUUCAAUGAGUUUGGAGAAUACAGCAAAAAGUUCUCAUUCGCUCCUGGCGUAGGAUUGCCAGGCCGUGUCUUUGAGAGCGGUCAGCCCAGCUGGUCAACGCGCGUGCAUCAGGCCGAUCCAAAGUUUUUUGAAAGGGCGGGGGGUGCAAGGAUCUACGGUGUGAAGACAGUGCUUGGAAUUCCCUUGACUUCAAGCAUUGGAAAACUCGUUGUAGCAAUGUACACCAUGGCAGACAUACAACGCAACGAAGCAGUCAUAGAGAAGUGUGUUCAGGCAUUCUCCAAGUACUCACCUGAACCGAAGUGGCGCCUCGUGGUGGAAAUGGGGGGAAAGGGAAUUGUACCCUGCCAGGCUGGCCCUGCACCGUCCAUCGAUGCUGCCGUGAAUGAUGCCAGCAUCGAUUUCAGUGGAUUUGAUAUGGACGACUUCGGACAGGCCGGAUUGUCCAGCUCGUCAAAUGUAGCGCUUGCCCCCACUGCUGACGAAAGCAUGUCCGGCGCCACAGCUUCUGAUUCGAAGGUAGUUGAAGACGAGCAGCGUAUUGCAACUCUUCUCGGGGAGUACAUGCCGCUCUCACAGUUACCUUCGUCGGUUGGAGAACCAUCAGGAUCCUCCACAGGAUCAGCUGACUUUCUCAACGAGUUCAUGCAACUGCGUCUGUUGCUCCUGCGCCCUCGAAGUCGCCGUUCCACUGUCGACAAUGAGCUGAUUGAUGUCCUGAGAAACAGCUUCCGCGGAUACUCCAAUGGCAACCGCCGCAAUGGAUCUGAGUUGGCCAACUUGUUAGUGAAAGAUUGGCGCUUUCUCAAGGGCGCAGCAAGUCCCAACACGGCGGCAUCGGGGGUGUCCGGGGAUCGCCGCUCUUCGAUGACUUCAACGGCGAGUGCUAUGCAGCAUCAAUGUCAUGUGAUGGAUGCCCCAAACUUGAACACUUAUUCGUCCUCUGGCGCACCGACAAAACCUCCGACUUCGCUUGGUUUCUCUCAGCCCAUGGCGGCACCAAGUAGGAAUCGAAUGGAUCCACUACGGGCCUCUUUCGAUGCCGCGGCAUCGGUGCAGACCCAAAGAAGGAUUUCCGUUGCUUCUGAAGUGCCUGACUCACCACGUUCUAACGUGGUCAGCGAUAGCUAUUAGCUUUCUGCACCCUUUUCGUCUGACUUCGAGCCAGAUCUCGGAAGCGUCCACACUGUUUCACCCAGUGGUUCUUUUCUCAAGAGACCCUAAUUUUCCAUUUUCGGUGUGCUGCUCCGCAUCCUUGAAGCGGUUUCGCUCAGUUUACCGAGCUGCCCACACAUUUUCCAUCCUUUUCUGUCCCAACCUGAUUUUUUGUUUUCAAUUUUUGGAUUCUUGCCUCUCUUUUCAUGCUUUGGAGGUAGAAUUUUUCUCUUCGGUGCUUUUAACCGAUAUAAAGCUACACAAAUCUAAAGCUACACAAAUCUCCUACUGCUUUUGACC